AUGAGCAGCGCGUCUCCCACCGCAUUCCUCCUCUGGGCCAUCCUCUCCGUCCUCUUCCUUAUGUUCCUGAUAUAUCAUCUAUGGGAAUACGACCGGUUCCACUGCUUACGCUGGUCCGCAGGCCGCCAGCCUGGCGCGUUCAAGCGCGUCAUGACCUACUCCUACCUAGGGUCAGUACCUUUAUUCGUCGUAUACAGCAUCGCGACGACUGUCAUCAAGUACAAGGAGGGUACGUCCCUCGGGCUGUUGUAUCCCCCCCCCCAAAGCACUAAGCUGCGCUACGCUCUAGGCUUCGUCGUCAUGCCCGAUCAUCGCAUCCUGCCGCGACCUGUGCAAAUGUACGGUCCGCACAACCGCGCGUGGGUCAUCCCGCUCAACUUCAUCUUCAGCUGCGCAUGGGCCCUCGAGCUUAUCUACGUGUGCGCCACUCCCGCGUGUGCGGGGUUCCUCACACGUUCGUCCGCGCCACCCCAGCUCGCGUUUUGGCUGUACAUGCUCCACCAAAACUCGGACAAGGGCGAGUGGUUCGAGAGCUGGGAGUACCGCCUGUGGUACUGCGGCAGCAUCGUGGCGAUCCUCGGCAUGCCGCUCGUCUGCGUCGUCGCGCGGCGCGAUCUGAUGACGAUGGACGCAUACAUCUUCCUGGCGGGCUCGUCGGGCUCGCUGAGCACGACGCUCGUGUUCCUCUACGUGCUGUGGCGCUUCCCGCGCUUCAUCCGGCACGUCAAGGCGGAGGGCGCGGACCCCUCGGUCGUCGUGCGGCUGACGACGUUCCUAUAUUUCAACCGCGCGAGGGUGGUGUUCCGGUUUCUGUUCACGGUGCCGCUGCUGAUGCUCGCGAUCGACGGAAUCACGGGGACGAAGCACCCGCUGAACACCAAUUUUGUGUUUGGAGACUUUCUGCAGAUGAUCGGCGGGGUGGGGUGUUUCGUGUCGUCUGCGAUCACGCUCGUCGUCUUCUUCCCGCGCUCGAUCAUCAAGGAGGCGGGGUACAAGCCGAAGCCGUCCUCGUCGGUGCCGCACUCGCCCAAAUCGGCGCACGCGUCGCCGUCAUCCAUCAGCAUCCCCUUCGCGUCGCCGUCGUCCGUCGGCGUCCCCUUCGCGUCGCCGCCCGCGCACAUGCAGCGGCGCGUCUCGUCGGGCAACUGGGACGGCGAGUCGUCUGCGCUUGGGUCGUUCCGCGGCGACGAGUCGCUCCUGGAGGGGCAGUCGAUGUACCAGGGGCAGGGGCAGUCGAUCCGCUACCAGGGGCAGUACGCGGACAUGACGGACGACGCGCCGCCGUACCAUGCGGCCCACGCCUACACGGACUCGGUCGCGUACGCGUACGCGCAGCCCGGGCCGGGGCCCCACACGCUGAAGCAGCAGGCGCAGUUGCAGCAACGACAUCCGUUCCCGCACGCGAUCCCGGGCGCGCAGCUGCUUGCGCUCUCGCCUGCCGCGGUGCGUGUGGCGAUCCCGCCACCCGCUGCGUCUCCGCGGCAGGAGUGGGAGCGAGAUCGGGUGCAGGCGCGCGGGGAGGAGGGGCAGCACCUCAUGCACCAUAUGGCGCGGAGCGCGAGCUUCAGCGUGCGCGCGCCGCCGACGCACGUGAACCAUCCGCACCCGCACCGCGCGUCGCUGCCGGCGUCGAAGCUGCAUCCGUCAGUGCUUUCGUUCCGCGGUACCCUCGCGGCUGCCGUCUGA